CAAUGAGAGAAGACCAGUCUAAGAGCUAAAAGUACAAAGUUCAGCUGCAAACCACGCCAAAAGCUGUUAUCAGCCCCCAGAAGCUGAAACUCCUAGAAGAGAGCGAUGUGGAUCUACCUGGCCGCCCUGGUGGGGCUUUACUUCCUUCGCCGAUGGUACCAGGAGAGACAGUCUGUGGACAACCUGACAGAGAAAUAUGUCUUCAUCACCGGCUGCGACUCUGGUUUUGGGAACCAGCUGGCCAAGCAGCUGGAUGCCCGAGGCCUGAGGGUGAUUGCAGCUUGUUUUACGGAGAAAGGGGCAGAGCAACUGGAGAAAGCCACCUCGGAGCGACUGAGAACCACCAUCCUGGAUAUCACCAGUCCUGACAGUGUUGCCAAAGCUACCCAGUGGGUGAAGGAGCAAGUGGGGAGCAAAGGACUCUGGGGCUUAGUGAACAAUGCAGGAGUGGUCAUUCCAAUAGCCCCCAAUGAGUGGCUGACCAAGAAUGAUUUUAUCAAGGUGCUGGACAUCAAUCUUCUUGGAACAAUUGAUGUGACACUGCACAUGAUUUCCCUGGUGAGGAGAGCCCAGGGAAGGGUAGUCAAUGUAAGCAGCGCAGCUGGAAGGAUUGCUGUGAGUGGAGGUGGCUACAGUAUUUCCAAAUUUGCCCUGGAGGCAUUCUCUGACAGUCUCCGGCGUGAAUUGCAUCCCUUUGGGGUUGGAGUCAGCAUAAUCGAACCAGGAAGUUUUGACACAGGUAUGAGUAGAGAUAUACCUAAAAGCCUCCCACGUCUAUGGGAAGAGAUGCCUGCUGAGAUCAGAGAACUUUAUGGGGAGAACUACUGGAACAGCUUCUUAAAGGCAUUACAUCGCAGGCCAUUGCCAAACUCCAAACUCUACCUGGUCACAGAUUGUAUGGAGCAUGCACUGACCUCCCGUUAUCCCCGCAGCCGUUAUUCUGCAGGCUGGGAUGCCAAAUUGGUUUUCAUCCCCCUUUCUUACUUACCCUCCUGGAUUGCAGACUACCUCUUGUCUGUUGGCUUUCCUAGACCAGCUGGGGCUGUCCAGUGAUCAUAGACACGACAUACAAGAGAUUCUACAAGAGCCAAGUUAUGCAAGCUGUGAGGAACAUUGAUUAUUGCAAGUUUGUUGUGACCCCCCCCACCCCGCCACCGCUUCGAUCUGCCAGAUGGGCAGGAAUGUUACCAUUCAUGUGCUUCCCCUCAGUGAAGGUCCACAUCGAUAUCUGGGCAGAGGUGGGGCAAGAGGCCUGAAAUGCACCCUCCAUGUGGAAAGAUAUUGGCAAGUACAUAUGACAGCUGUCCUGGGUUCUUUGUAAGGCAGGAUACAAAUGUAAUAAAUAAAUGUUUCAAUUCCAACUGCCCUGCUUUCCUAAACCAGGGCAUCACUGGUGUUACCUCUGGUUCUGUUGUUCGGCUUGUCAUCAUGCAUAUUAAAAAUACAAUUAUCCCUUCUUA